CUUUUUUUCUUUCCCUUUUCUAUUUUUCUUUUUCUUUUUUUUUUCUAUUAGUCUUCGUCUUUUACUUAUAUCCUGACUUCAAAUUUAUACUUUUUAUGCUUUUAUCAGAAUUACCACCAGAACUCAUCUUGGAAAUCUACCAAUGGUUAUACGACGGAAUGGACAAUAUUCGGUUGAUAAAAGAUAUAGCUCGACGUCGUUUAUGGGCUUUGAACGUUCUUUCGACUUGUAGUAUUUGUAGGUCAUGGUUCUCUGUAGGAUCAGAUUAUCUUUCUAUACGACAACGUACUUUACCAUUCACUUUAUUAUCUUCUUUAUUACAUACUGUGGAAUGUCCAACCUCUUUAUCUCUUUUUCAACCAAGUUGGACUCAUCUUUUACUGUCAUCAAAACAAAAUCGUCUUCCUUUUCAUCUUCAAGUCCGUCAAAUUGUACUCAACCUUACUUUAUUAUUAAAACCUACAUCACAAUCAAAUUUGAUUCAACAGCAAUCAUCUUGUGAACAACCCAUAGCAACUGAAUCACUUUCGGCAUCCAUCAAGAUCUUAUUAGACACGUGCCCAAACGUGAAAACUGUGGAAAUUUUAUAUGAUUCUCAAUAUACCCCAAGAAUGGCAAAUCGUCAUCGACCAUCUCGUGUUUUGGCUCUUCCAUCUAAUAUUAUCUCAGAUGCAUUGACGACACAUUGUAUGAAUCAUCACCCUUCAUCAUUACUAACAUUUGAAAACCAAUGUACUUUUUUAUCUCAUUUGGUAUUUACAGCUCGGGAACCAAUACAAAGAUGUCCUUGUUGUACUGGUCGUGGAUGGGAUCACACACUUCGACCUUUACUUCAACAAUUACCAGUAUCGACCUUGGAAUUAGAUCAUGUGUUACCAUCAAGGAGUGUACUGGAAUGUCUCGCACAGAAUCAACGAAUACAUACAUUGGUAAUCAGAGGAGGCAUUUUGAUACAAGCAUCACGACUGGCUCGCUAUGGUACAACAAUAUCAACACCACCACGAUUCCCCACAGAUUUACUUUCAAGAAUAAGAAUUUUGGAAAUAUAUCUACACAGUAACAACGAUGAUGAGGAUUAUGAUGAUGAUAAUCAAUUGGAUUUAUUGGCAAUGUUUCGACAAACAUAUGAUAUGGUUCAUCCUAUUAAAUCUUUAAAACAACUAAUUAUUCAUGGUCACGAAAGGUAUAAGAUUUCUUCCUCUACUUCAACAAUGAUGACUGACUCAAUGAUUAGCAAAGAUGUAUGGAACAAACUUGAACUAUUAGCGGAAAGACAUCAUCAAUUGGAUACUUUUAUUUUGAAGAAUAUUCCUGGUUUCCAAGGUAUAUCUGAACAAUCACGAUUGAAAUGUUUAUUCUCUAGGGUAAAUUUAGUUGAUGUAGUAUAUAGUUUAUAAUACUUUUUGUAUACAAUAUAUUUUUUCCCCACACACCAAAAAUAAAAAAAAAGAAAAAAAAAUAAAAAA